AUGUUAUCGCUGCCGACCUACCCCCGAUCCAACUUCCUGGUUCUCUGCGACUGUCAAAACUCUCCGUCUCCCCAUGCUGCCAGAAAAUCCCGGGCCCGAGUUAAUGAAUGCCGCGGCAGCGCUGCACACUUCAUUGAAUUAAAUAUCGGCUGCGGACGUGUGUCUCUGGUGCGUAACACUGUCCUCCGGGUGACGGGUGUGGUGCUGGAGGACCAGGGCUUAUACGAGUGUCGAAUUCUCCUCCUGGAUAAACCCAGUGAUGAGCUGCGCAACAGCACCUGGACACUGCUGUCUGUAACUGCACCACCCACUUUCACAUUGACUCCCCCUGCUGUUGUGGAGGCCCUGGUGGGUCGUCGACUCUCUUUCACCUGUGCUGCAAACGGCAACCCAACCCCAACUUUAACCUGGUUAAAAGAUGGGGAUGUGAUUCAAGGAGAAAAUGCACAGGUCAGGAAUGGAACGAUAACGCUGCCAGCAGUUAGCAUGCAGUCAGGAGGACAUUAUACAUGCCAUGCCUCCAACACGGAGGGAAACGUGACCCACGUGAUGAAACUUAAGAUCAAAGGUCCCCCGGUCAUCGUCCUUCCUCCUAAAAGCACCUCCCUCAACAUGUCCCAGAAUGCACUUCUGCGAUGCCAGGCAGUGGCCGACCCACCGAACAUGACCUACGUGUGGCAGAGACGAGGCGAGAAUGUCCAUCACAUUGAAUCUCUAAAGUCGCGCGUGAAGAUCAUGGUGGAUGGCACCCUUCUCAUCUCAAGGCUCAUCCCGGAUGAUUCUGGGAACUACACCUGUACGCCGACAAACGGGGUGCUGACGCCUCCCACUGCAUCAGCAACUCUCACAGUGAUGCAUCCUGCCCAGGCUCUUCAAAUGCCAAAAGAAACGUACCUCCCCACAGGUAUGGACGGCGUUGUCAAUUGUCCUGCAAUAGCUCAGCCCCCACUUGUUCGUGUGGAUUGGACCAAGGAUGGGGGAUUACUUGAUUUGGCCUUGUAUCCUGGCUGGACCUUGACAUCAGUGGGCUCCUUGUCCAUAGCAACGGUCAACGACGAUGUUGCGGGCAUGUACACAUGUACACCUUAUAACAGCUACGGUAGCAUGGGUUCUUCAGGACCUACCCGAGUAAUCUUACAGGACCCCCCAUCAUUCAACAUUAUGCCACAGAAACAGUACGAGCAGGAGGUCGGGGCAACUCUGCUUAUCCCAUGUCAAGGAAAUGACCCAGACACUACUGUGACCUGGACCAAGGUUGGCCAGGCUCCUCGCUCUGCUUAUUCUGUGCUAGUCAAUGGAUCUCUGCUGCUGCAGCCUAUCAUUAAAGACCACCAGGGGGAGUGGGAGUGCAGUGCUGCCAACCGCGUAGCUUUGGUGAAGGCCAGCACUCUUGUCCUGGUCUUGGGGACCAGUCCCCAUGCAGCAACCUCUCUGUCUGUCUCACCGGGGCCGAGGCAGGCCAACAUAUCUUGGGAGGCGGGCUUUGAUGGAGGAUCUGCACAGACAUUUUCAGUUUGGGUGAAGCCAGUUUCUUUGACUGAUAAUGAUGCGAAGCAGGGCUGGUUCUCGGUGAAUGUGCCCCCUUCUUCUGGCACCAGACUGCAGGUGACAGGCUUGUCUCCUGCCACCGAGUACCAGUUUAGUGUCCUGUCCCAAAACAAAGUGGGCACUGGACCCUUCAGUGAGAUCGCCUCUUUCCAGACCUUGGAUCCUCCCCCAAACAGAAGCAAACUAAAGCCCCCUCUGUUGCUGUCAGCUAAUCAGGGCUCAGCAGGCGUUGUUCUGCAGUGGUCCCCACCUGCAGCUCAAAACCCCCCCAUUACAGGCUUUGUUCUUCAGUCCCGAGCCGAGCAAGGGGAAUGGUUUAAUCUGGAUGAAGACAUCAGUGCCAACAGUAGUGAGAUAAUCGUUUCAGGUCUACGCAAGGACAGUGUGUAUGAGCUGCGGCUGCUAUCUCGUCAAGGGGAGUUGCUGAGUGAGCCCAGUCCAUCAGUCAAUGUCUCCACUAUGGGUAUGGAGAUCUAUCCCUCCACGUCCCGCGUGGAGUUUGUCCCCGAGCCUUUACUGGCAGGUGUGAUGGGAGGAAUUGGCUUCAUGUUUCUGGCUUUGUUGUUGCUGCUCGGGUCCGCCUGUGUCAUCAGCCAUAAGAGGGAACAGCGUCGCAGAAAGAGAAAGGAUGAGCUUUCUCCUGCCAUCCAUAAAUGUCCCUCAUCAAUAAGGACGUCAGGCACAGGCAGUCCAGACAGUGUGCUGAAGAAAAAACUCCUCCCUCCUCACACCCUCUAUCCCACCACCUCCUCCACCAGUUCCUACUCACAGUCAGACCGCUCCUCCCUCAGCAAAGCCAGCUAUGGCGAAUGUCAGUACCAGCAUCAGCAGCCUCUUUCCAACUCCCAUGACACUUUUAACCAUGAUCACAAGAGGGUAGCAUCCUUUCCAAUCUCCAAACCUCCUCUGGAGCCAAUCCCUAGAAGCCCAGAUGGCCGCUUCGUAGUCCAGCCCUAUGAUCAGGCCUCCACCCUCAGCAUUGACAGAAAGAGAAGCUUGAGAAAAGACCAUUUCCAAUCCACAGUUAUCCAAAGGUCAGUGUCUCUGCACUCAGAGAGGGGAAAUAGGAGAGAGCCACCAUUUGUUCUCUCUGUUGACCUCCCGCCUUGUGGACCAGUAGAAUCCAGCUCCACGCACCUUAUGCAGGCCAUGGCGCAACACCUAUCCCUCCACGGGCAUUGUAUCUUAAACAAAGAGCAUGAAGGUGAAGGCUUUUCUGAUCAAAGCAGCUUAAAUUCAGACAGUAGCUGUGACCCAGAUCAAGACAUCAGCCCUUCAUAUCCUAUUCUGAAAAGCAUUGACAAGCCCCCCACCACUGCCAGUGCAUUGGUGCUCCAGAUGGAGCAUGAGAGAGAAAGAGGCAACCUUAGUCGGUGUCUGAAAUUAGCCCAAGAAAGGGAGGAGUUGGAGAAGGAGCUACAGAAAUACUCACUGGAGAGAGGCACUAUGGGAAAAAUGAGGGGAGAUUUUCAAGGCACAAAGUUGGAGGAGAGGAAUGAAAUAAGAGAAGCAAGUGACAAUGAUAAUGUGUGGAAACACAGUAGCAGCAUCUUCCAGCACAGUCACACCCAUGGCAGAAGGAGGAGCUGUGGUCAGUUGAAGGGCUCUUCAUUUUCAGCCUGCAACCAUUGGGAAUCCCUCCAUAACACCCAUUCUCCUACCAACCCAGUCCCAUUCAGGAACAUUCUCAAUGCGUCUCCACCUAUGGGCUCCUCUAUUUGUGGUUCAAUUGCCAGCAGCCCUGUUCCAUUGUUCACCAAACAGUCAUCUGUCAGAUGUGAGGGAGACAGGAGUAAUUUCAAAGACAGAUUAUCUCACCCACAUCUCCCCUCAAAGUACCAGAGACAAGAAAAUGCAGUGGCAGAACCAGGGGGCUAUGAUGAUUCUCCACAGUUUACAGACACGGGGAUGCAAAGAAAUUACUCAUGCUCUGAGGCAUGGAGGGUAAACAAUUUCAGCCAGAGAAGCCUUUCAACACCACCAUUUUCUCAUACCAACAGACAUGCUGAAACAUCUGAUUUGGCCGUCACAGCUGUGCUGGACCUUUCAAAGUCAGAUAUAGCAGUCUCCUGUCCCUGUGAGACACGGAGUGAAGACAUGUGUAUUGAGAUGAGUGUCGAUGAGCCAGAGUUGGGAGUCUUUAUAAUGCCACCUACAAAGCCCAUGAUAAACAACAGAAAUGCUCCUGAGGAGGAGUCAUCAGCUCACCAAAAAAAGUGUGGAGAUGUUAACAACAAGAGCAGCCAGAGUAACAACCAGAGUUUUUCAGCUGAGGAUGAUUUUGAAAGGAGACAUCAUCAGAGAUGUAACACUUCCCAGUCAUCACCCCGACCUCAAGAUCCAGUGUUUUGCAAGGCUAUGAGUGAAAGCUCUCAGAACUGGGAAUACUACCAGCGCAACCAGAGCCUGGACUCAGAGAGACAAAACCAAAGCAAUUUCCUGACUCCUGAUGCCUGGAUAGACUCCAUCAACCAAGAGAAAACCUCUAGUCCAUUUUCCUUCCGACCAGAUACUCUGCUGUGGGAGAGUCAGAGUACUCCUACCCCGGAGAACCCCAGACCUCGAAGAGAUUCUCCCUCCAGUGACCAUUCCCCUUCACCCCAACCUGUAGAGAAAUCACCCACUGCUUCCGCCCCACCUUCCAGCAUGGACCCUCCAUCUCCAAGGAGGAGUCCACACAAGCUUACGACAGAUCCUACCAUGCCUUGCCACCGUGACCCAAAAAGACAAACAUCCAUGUUCCCUGAUGCCUCCCGGUGGCCAGUCACCUACCAGGAGGCUUUAAGGUCAAUGCAGCACAUGGAGGCGAUGAAGGAAAAUGGGAGGGGCUCGAUGCCCACUCUCACUGAUAGGAGUCACAGAAACAACCCUAAACCGCCAGAGCAAAGAGGCAGACCAACACACGCCUCACUCAACAGGGGCUUCAGUUGGCCCUCACCAGAUCAAGCCCCUCCACUAGCCACUGAAGGGAAGAAAACAAGGCAAGUUAAAAAAGAAGAGACAGAGGUGGAGUUUGAAGGUCAUGUUAGAGGGUCAGAGUCUGGAGGUAGCUAUAGCAGUUAUGCUAGCAGUGGCCGGGGGAGUUUGGAACCAGCUAAUGGACGCCUAUCCCUUUGCUUUUCACCGACCCUCACCAGCUCACCAGAGACUGUAGAGGAGAGCGGGGAAAACAUGGAGGACAAAGACCUGCAAUUAAUGGAGCUCAUGGAAAGGAGAAAGGCUUCAGUCGAUGAGAAUUAUGAGUGGGAUACUGCUGACAUUGCUUUACAGUCAGAUGAUCACAAUGGCCCGCCAUCCUCGAUGAAUCUACAGAAGCCUGCUUCCAGCUGUAACCUUCCCGGCAUGCAGUGCUCCACUAAGGCACUCAAUGAUUGGAGCCAGCUCUCUUUGCUCCAGGGGCAUCGACACAGCAGCCUCUACGCUGAACCACAGACAGACACUGUGCUGUUCUGACAGCUCCAGCCUCUGGCUCAACUCAGCUGCUCGAUGAUGUGAAAUUUGACUCAUUGAAAAAGUGUAUGUUUAUGGGCAGGACAAUGAGAUCUUUACAGUACUUUUCUACUGUGGACUUUACUAAUUUCAGUUUCAUAUUCAGAAGGCCACUGUACAGAAUGUUAGCCUUUGAUAUCCCCCUUUUUUUCUUUCUUUUUUUUUUACAAACAGCUGCACACACACUUUCUCCCCAAGUGAUCAGAGUGUACCAUUUUGUACCACUGAGGUAAAAAGCUGCAUAAUUUACUGUCAGUGACAGAGGGUGUUACCAUAAAUCUAGGUUGACUGAAGAGGAGGUAGACCUGAACACAUACUAACUAUUCAUCAGCUCGCAGCAGUCGGUAUGAAAGUGUCUAGAUCACUGGAUGUGGGGAAGUGACAGCUCACAUCAGCGCUGGCCGGUUGUUAAGCUGUCAAUGGGCAGCAGAAAGCACCAUGCAAGUACACACACACACACACACACACACACACUCGCUGCUGCAGAUCAGACCGUUGUUUGGAAUCCAUUUGUUACCUUUAUAUAACACCAGGUAUAAAGGUCCAUCCUGCAAAAGUAAAUACAAAGCGUUUGCCUUCUUACCUUAGACGACUAUCCGAACUAUGUAACUGUUGUAUCCUAUACGAAACUGUCCUUACUCAUCUGUGCUACACUUUUCUGUGCUGAAAGACUGGCUUUUCCUCUGCCAUAUUUUACCAUAGGGUCCAAUCUUCGGCUAAAGUGGUUCAGCCUGAAUGUUUAUAAUGGUCUGGCACAUUUCCAGCUGGGGGGGGUUAUGUUGGAGGUAGGUAUGGUCUUUACAAUUGUUAAUGUGAUAUAUUGACCUUUGUUAUUGAACAGCUUUUGAUAGUAGACGAUUUCUGAUUUGCUUUCUUGUUCAAAAUAUGUGUCAAAAUAAAACGGGA